CAUUUCAGUCUCACUGAGUUCAUUCGCUGUGCAUUAAUUCAGCUUGGGUCUGCAGUAAGUCUCUACAUGGAAACAUGGCACGUCUCCUGGUGCGACUUUCGUCUGUACUUUACAAUGGAGCUUCCACUCACUCAGUUUUGUCUAAGAGCCGGUCUGUGCUGAUCCGACCACUAGGCACAGCAACAGAUCUUCUCUCUUUGACACGUUACGAGGUUUGUGUGGACUGGAAGAAGAAGCUAACUCCAGAACAGUAUGUAGUCACUAGAGAAAAAGGCACUGAGGUGCCAUUCAGUGGAAUCUAUCUGAACCAUAAUGAUGUGGGCAUGUAUCACUGUGUGUGCUGCGAUAUACCACUCUUCAGCUCUGAAUCGAAAUAUGACUCUGGAACGGGAUGGCCGUCUUUCUUUGAAGCUCAUGGUACGUGGCAGAGAGACGAGAGUCAGGCCAACAUUAUCCGCAGACCUGAUAACUCGUUAGGAAGCCCAGGAACAGAAGUCAUCUGCAAACAGUGUGAUGCUCAUCUCGGCCAUGUGUUCAAUGACGGUCCGGAUCCAACAGGCCAGAGAUUCUGCAUAAACAGUGCAGCACUGAAUUUCAAGCCCAGAGAAGACUAAUUUGAUCUCAUAGACAAACACUAUUAUCAUUUCUUAUCCAGAUAUUCAAGCUACAAGAGUUCAAACAUACUCUGAAUGAAUUGUGGAGGACUGGGUGUCUUUAUGCCUAUAUGCUGAUAUCUGUGAAUGAAUGUGUGCUCAAGUUUGACUGGUUUAUUUUAGUCUUUUUCUGUAUAUGUUUAAUGCGUUUUUACCAUAGUGGGACUGUUCAUAGAAAUGUUCAAGAUCUCAUCUAUUACAUUUAUUCAUAAAUCAA